CCGGGAUCGCGCCGCGCGCUCCCGCGAAGCUCGUGUUGAGCCGAAGAGUCCAUGCAAAAGCAUCAAAACGCACCAGGACUAGGAGGAGAGCUUUCCGCUGGAGAGAAAAAAAGAAGCAAAAAACACAUAGCAUGGAAGAAAACCAUUCAAAUGAGAGCGGAGUGAGGAUGAUGAGAGACGGUACCGCUUCACAGGAAGGUCAUUCCCGAAAAACAUAAGCAGUGCGCACAAUAUACGGAUAUUUGGAGUAUACGCGACUGCAAGUGAAGACCCCGAAACAGUGAAACAUUGUCCCGGCUUUCUAUUUUUCAGAAAACCAAGGCAUGGAGGGAUUUACAUCUCGACAAGGCAGUACGGGAUAGAAGAUCUGACGAGCGGAGAGAGGACGGUGAAUAAGGACCUUGCUGCGGAGAGGAGCUGCGCAACAGUGACUGUUUCCCCUCGUCUGUGUCGGGCUCCAGUAUCACAGCUGAUGACUGUCCCCCAGGUGGCUGGACUGCAGGGCUGAGUGGGAAGAUUUUGCUGUGGGGGGGUUCCCCGGCUUGUAUGUUGGUCACUUGCAGUUGCACUCGCUCACAGGGACCAUGUGGUUUUCUCCAAGGAGAAGUCGUCUCCCCUCGCAGAACUCGCACGGUGCCCACAGUUGCACUUCCAAUUUUAACGUGUCCUUGUGGGUGUUCAGUUUUUGUUGGUGCUUCGUUGCCGUGAGAGGUCAGAACUACCACCCCACUGUGAACACGCAGUAUGGGAAACUCCGAGGGGUGAGGGUGCCCCUGCCUAGUGAGAUUCUAGGGCCGGUGGACCAGUAUCUGGGGGUUCCGUAUGCCGCCUCCCCAGUGGGAGAAAAACGCUUCAUGCCCCCUGAGCCUCCGUCCUCCUGGUCAGGGAUCAAGAACGCCACUCACUUUGCUCCCGUCUGCCCCCAAAAUAUUCACAACGCUGUGCCAGAGAUCAUGAUGCCUAUAUGGUUCACCUUCAACCUGGAUAUAGUUACUACAUACAUACAGGAUCAACACGAGGAUUGUCUUUAUCUAAACAUCUAUGUUCCAACUGAGGAUGGGGCCCAUGCAAAAAAACAGGGUGAGGAUUUAGCGGAUAACGACGGUGAUGAAGAUGAAGACAUACGAGAUACUGGGGCCAAACCUGUGAUGGUCUACAUCCACGGAGGAUCCUACAUGGAGGGGACUGGCAACAUGAUCGAUGGGAGCGUCCUGGCCAGCUAUGGAAAUGUCAUCGUUAUCACUCUCAACUAUCGGGUCGGAGUCCUCGGCUUUCUCAGUACGGGGGACCAGGCUGCUAAAGGGAACUACGGGCUCCUGGACCAGAUCCAGGCUUUAAGGUGGAUCAGCGAGAACAUAGGCUUCUUCGGAGGAGACUCCAACCGCAUCACUGUGUUUGGUUCUGGGAUCGGAGCUUCCUGCGUCAGCCUGCUCACCCUCUCCCAUCACUCUGAAGGUUUGUUCCACAGAGCCAUCAUUCAGAGUGGGUCAGCCCUCUCCAGUUGGGCGGUGAACUACCAGCCGGUCAAGUAUACACGUCUUCUGGCGGAGAAGGUAGGCUGUAAUGUCCUGGACACCUUAGACAUGGUGGACUGUCUGAGAAAGAAGAGCUCCAGGGAGCUGGUAGAGCAGGACAUACAACCAGCGAGGUACCAUGUGGCCUUUGGACCUGUAAUCGAUGGGGAUGUAAUCCCCGAUGACCCGGAGAUCCUGAUGGAACAGGGCGAGUUCCUCAACUACGACAUCAUGCUGGGGGUCAACCAGGGCGAGGGGCUGCGCUUUGUGGAGAACGUGGUGGAUUCAGAGGAUGGUGUGUCUGGAAAUGACUUUGACUUCUCCGUGUCAGACUUUGUGGACAGUCUGUAUGGGUACCCGGAAGGCAAAGACACGUUGAGGGAGACCAUUAAGUUCAUGUACACAGACUGGGCAGACAGAGACAAUCCAGAGACCAGGCGCAAAACACUGGUGGCUCUGUUCACCGACCACCAGUGGGUGGAGCCAUCGGUGGUAACGGCUGAUCUCCAUGCUCGCUACGGCUCACCCACCUACUUCUACGCUUUUUACCACCACUGCCAGAGCCUGAUGAAGCCAGCCUGGUCAGACGCCGCCCACGGGGACGAGGUGCCCUAUGUUUUUGGAAUUCCCAUGAUUGGUCCCACUGAUCUUUUCCCCUGUAAUUUCUCAAAGAACGAUGUCAUGCUCAGUGCUGUGGUCAUGACCUACUGGACCAACUUUGCCAAGACUGGGGAUCCCAACAAACCAGUUCCUCAAGACACCAAGUUCAUCCACACCAAGGCCAACCGCUUUGAAGAGGUGGCCUGGUCCAAGUACAACCCCCAGGACCAGCUCUACCUGCAUAUUGGCCUGAAGCCACGCGUGCGCGACCACUACCGCGCUACCAAAGUGGCCUUCUGGAAACACCUAGUGCCCCACUUGUACAACCUCCACGACAUGUUCCACUACACCUCCACCACCACCAAAGUGCCCCCACCAGAAACCACCCAGAACACCUUGUCCACCAAGAGGCCCAACGGGAAAACGUCCUGGCCGUUCAACACCAAGCGUCCUCCCAUGUCCCCGGCCUACAACAACGAGGACAAAGACACUUGGAAUGACGAUGAGGAGACCGGGCCUCUAGUGGUGGAGAACCCACGGGAUUACUCCACAGAGCUCAGCGUAACUAUUGCUGUGGGAGCUUCGCUGCUGUUCCUCAAUGUGCUGGCUUUCGCGGCCCUCUACUACCGCAAGGACAAGCGGCGGCAGGAUUCCGGCCACGGGCAGCCCAGCCCGCAACGCCAGACCACCUCCAACGACAUCGGCCACCACGCGCCCGAGGAGGAGAUCAUGUCGCUGCAGAUGAACCAGACGCACCAUGAGUGCGAGGCGGGGAACAGCAAUGAGGGGGCAAUACGCUUGGCUUCGCUGCCCGACUACACGCUCACUCUGCGGCGCUCUCCGGACGACAUUCCUCUUAUGACCCCCAACACCAUCACCAUGAUCCCCAAUUCCCUGGUGGGCAUGCCCAACCUGCACCCCUACAACACCUUCACAACCGGCUUCAACUCCACAGGCCUGCCGCACUCCCACUCAACCACCCGCGUAUAGCUUUAAGAAGGCCAGGGGCAGCAGGCGCAGGCGGGGGAGGAGGCGGCGGUGGUGGAAGAGGGGCAGGAGGAUGAACGACAGAGGAGAGGAUUGUGUUUUAUAAAUAUCACUGGGAGGGGUUGGGCUGCGAUGGGGAGGGGGAAGGGCAUGAGUCGGAUUAAAACGUGAAGAGAUUUAACUAGACUUUUACUACGAGGAGAGUUGCUGAGAGCUCUCUAUGGAUGUCAAGUUGUGCAGAGCUGCCAAAAUCAAACUGCUUCCCUUCUCCUGAUCCGGGGAGGGGUCUUUCUGCAGUGUUUUUUUCUAAAAUAAUCAUUUUAAAAGCCUUUUUAAGCAGACUAAGGAGAUAUCAACACUUAUCUUGAAUUCAUAACAAAAACAAAGAGAAGUGCUUUUUAUUAUUUCCCAUCCCUACUUCCUGCGGGAGACAAAUUUCGAACAAUGGCCUCUACGUCAAUAUUCGCAAAAUGUUUUUAAUUGCUUCUUUGUUUUGUUUUACGUUUCAAUGCCUUACAAAGCUUGUUCUUUUUUGUCAUUAUUUCUAUUCCCUGAGACAAUUCCAAGUGGAGUGUGUUACAAGCCGAUGAGACUCAAAGAUGAGAGACUGAAUCGAGGAUGGGAACCUAGAGGAUAUGCAGAUGUAGAGAUUUAAACCCAUUUUGGGCAACUCUUUUUUUUUUUCUUCUUCUGUUGCGUACCAACACAACAGCCACACAAAUGGUGUUAUCUUUUUUAUCUCGUAUAGAAAUUAUUUGUCUGGGAAAAGCUCCUGUCGGGAGAUGAGAAGGCGGAGAUGAAUACUAUGUUACUGUGAUUGUUUUGCUAAGAAAAAAAGUGCAUCUUUUACAGCCAAUUUAUCUGUUAAGCUAUCUGAUAUUAUCUCCACAAAGUGUGCACGUACACAUGCUGCUUAGAGCAUCAGUGUGUUUGUGUGCAUGUGAAAAUGAUUUCUCGUUCCUUGCGCGGAAGCGCGGUUAAGGGGAUGAGAUAAAGGAAGAGACACAUUGUCGGAACUUGCAAAAGCAAGAGUGGCGAGUGAGUGGGUCUGGAUGUGCGACUGCGUUUCAGAGCGUGUGUGUGGGUAUGUGGGUGUGUGCGUGUGUGUGUGUGUGUGUGUCCGUGCACCUGUUUUUUGUUUGUAGGUUGUAUAAUGUGUUUUUUUCGGGGUGGGGGUGCUGGGGGGAGGGGGGCUGAGUACUUUCUCAUGUUGUUGAUUUUGGUUCACCGCCAGUAGUGUUUCUGCUGCGUCUCUGGGUGUCUGUCUUUGCGAAAUAGCACUUUUGUUAUUUUCAAAGUUAUAUAUGUCUAAUUUUGCUUAAAGAUUACAAAAUAAAUCUAUUAUUUUACGUGUAAGAGAAAAAAAUAGCUAAAGAUUCAACUGAACUAACUGACAUGAUUUCAUUGACUUUGUAAGAGUUCCUCUUAAAAAGCAGACAGUGGCCUGUUUGCACUGAAUAAACCUACAUCAGUGCACACUUGUAUUUCUUUGAAUAUAUAUAUAUAAAUAUGGGCAUACAUACAUAUAUGUAUAGGGCUUCUAUGGAGAUACCACUUUCACUUGCAAAACAAUUUAAACACUGCAAUGCACCAACACAAAUAUUUUCAAUGUAUUGUUAACAUUUGAAAUAUCCUAAGCCAAGACUUCUCUAGGUGUCUUUCUAAGAGCUCUAUAUGUAUAUUUAUGUAUAAAAUAUUUAAUAUUUAUUUAUGUAUACCAGAUGCAUACAUGCUGAUUGUGCCAUGUGCCAAAUUAAAACUGUAAAAAAUGAAGAAUAUAAAGUUUGACAAAACUUUUUUUCUCUCUUGAUCAAAGUUCUUUACCCCCCUUUUAUGACUUUAUUAUUUCCCUUUUGAAUGAGUUAAAAAAGAAACAUUCUUGCAGCAAGUGCAAGUCUCCCCCCCAGGACUUCCUCUCUACCUCCCUCUUCCUUUCUCACCUCCUCCCUCUCUCCCUUUCUCCCUCUGAAACCUUUGAGAAAAACAGGCUAACUGCUUGGGGCCUAUCUGCGUGCAUAACUCCACAUUUUACUGUAAUUCAUGCAAAGUAGUGCUUCAGCAAUGGGAGAUUGUGAAGAGAUUGCCUUGAUGUACUCGCAUUGCAUCUUAUUAUAUGUUAUUCUCUGGGAGAAAACUGGAGUUAUUGAUUCUGCAAGUAAAACUGACAAUUUUCAAUAAGUAUCUCGUCAUAGCACAGAUUGUCUCCAGCGCUACAGCAAAGUGCAGGAAUGGGACCUGACCAGUGAUCCUAGAUCAGUGUUGCAAUUCUUAAAUACUUUACGCACAUACAGCUCAACAUGUUUAUGAAGUAUUCCAUAAUAACUUCCUCUGGUAUUUUAUGAUUGGAGACGCAGCAGAGCGAGAAGCCUGGUCUGGUCAGCUCAUCACCGAUCCUGCCAGUAGCAGAAAGAGUUGUUUGAAGGAAAUUGCUUUGAGACUGAUCUAUAUGAGUCAUCUUGUUUUUGCUCAUCCUGCCUUAUAUGGGGUUCACAACCUAAUCAGCCACCGUCUUCAACUUAGCUGCAGCCAAAAAGAAAGAAACAGGACGUUUGUAUUCACCUUGAGCUGUCUCACACAUACAGAAACAUUUAAUAACGGCUCUGUGCUUGUGCUUUUGUAAGGAGCAGGUUGUGCAAAUAGCCUAACUUGUUUCUGUAGCAAGAAUAUCAACGAUACCUUGUUUUCUGGAAUAAAAUUAGCAAACAUUAUGGCAAUGAUGGCAUAUUGGUGAAGAAAAAUAUUUCUUAAUAUUCCUCACUGCCAAAUGGAUGUGAACUUUUGAAAUAUUUGAAUAUGAGACUUUGUUCUCCUAUAUUACUUUGCAAAACUUUUUUUUUUUUUUAACUCCACUAACCAUGCAGAAAGUUUUAGGUUUACUUGUCAAGGCUUUAAGAAAUUGAGUUAUUUUUUGGCAGCCAUGCCAAUACAAUGAAAGCUGAUGGAAUUUCAUUUCUGGUGCAUACAGCUUUGAAAUAUGACAUUUAAACGAAAAAAAAAAAAAGUGACCUCUAUUUUCAGAAAAAAACUGUCCUUUCUUAAAGACAUUUUUCUAACAGUUGGAACUAUUUCUUGAUAGAAAGUAGUUUUAAUAAAAACUGUUAAGUGUUGGUUGACUGUUGACUGACUGCUGACAGUGAGUCUGCGUAAUAUUCAGAGUAAUAGAGACAAGUUGCUUUUGAAUUCUUAAAAGCUACUACAAUCAAUAUUUUUAUACUAACAUUAGUUAAAAUUACUUGUUUCUAAAAGGAAAAACCCACAGAUAGUUAUUGCUGACUCUGCAGUUCCCCUUGGUUCUACAUAGAAUUUUAGCAUUUGCUUUUAUUAGCACAUUGUUUUGGUUAAUGGCUCGCAACUUAACAUCUACCUUUUGGUUCUUUUCCCUGCUCUCAUAUUGUCAUUUACUUACACAACCAGGGGUGUAGGACUAAAUUCUGGGCCCUGUAGAAAAGCAUUUUCUAUGGGCCCCUCCCCGUAUCUGCAGCUAAUCAUUCUAGCAUCUUUUUGCUGGGUACUCAGUCCGCUUUCUUCCCCUGUGUCCGACGCCCCUGUACGCAACCACCGUACGCUACCAGCCCAACAUCAAACAGCGGUCAGAUAAAAUUAGCAGCCAGCGGGUUAUUGCACAAAAGCAGAAUUUAUAAAUCCAGGAUGACUGAUAAAGCGAGGCUUGACAAUUCUAAUCUGUGCGUCCUGGCUUGGUGUGUUUCACAAAGGCCGAGCCAAGCUGAGGAGGAGCAACUAGGUCAAACCAGGCUGAAGUAAUUCGUACUGAUGCGUGUUCACAGCUUGCCUUAACUGUCCACCAGGUUGAUAACAGAUUUACUGAUGCUAAAAUAAUAAAUAGUAUAAUGCAGUGUGCAUACUUUAUUCAGAAUGAGCAGCAGCUUCUCAUGGGAGUGUGAUAACUUGAAACACGUUAUUUGUGAAAAAGAAACACGACCGCUCUAUUGAAACAGCGAGAGAAAGCGUGGCAGAUGAUCGCAGACUGCCUGAAUGCGUAAGUAGCCUAAAAAUAUACAUUUACUGAUCACUGUUCUGGAUUGAAACCGGAGUUAGGCUAUUUGCACAAACAAACAGUUGUACUCUUUGCCCUUAAAAGUGAGCAGAAGACUAAUGUUUUGCAGGAAAUUUACCAUGAAGAUCAAUUACAUAAGCAUGUGAUGCGUAAAUACCUCUCUCUCACUCUGUCUCUCCCUAUCUCUCAUAUGGGCUAAAGUAUGCUGUAAACUACCUAAGUAACAUUAACCCGCUUUGCAGGCAAAGUUUACAGCAGUUCCUUUGUGGAAAUAAUUAGCUUAACUUCUUGUAUUGUUUCAUUUAAGAGCAGUAGUUCGUAAAUGUAUAUUUUUAGAUAUCAUUCAGUCGGUCCGCUAUAAUCUGCCAUGCUUUUUGUCAGUGUUUUUCUUUUACAGAGGCAGAGUUUCCUUCUUUACAUAAUAGUAUAAUGCUUUGCUUCCUUGUAUGCCUACAUAGGGACAUACA